AUGGGCUUCUUCAAUGCCUUCAAACCUAAAUCUCCCAAGGAGGCCGACGGGUCAGAGGUACAAAUCGAGCCGAAGACUGAGGACAAACUCGACAAGAACGAUAUUUCUUACAAUAAUACCUAUUCCCAAUCUGGCGGUCAGAUCUCAACGCUUUCCAGUAUAGAAGAGACUUCCUUCGUCGAUGAGCCCCCAGGGAGUCCGACUUCCAAAAAUGAUACCGAGAAAGAGCCUGCGAGCCGUGAUUCCCCGACACCUGUCCAGAACGAAGAAGUAAACGAAGACUCCGAGGAUGUUGUCCCAAGCGCAGCAUUGGACACGGAGCCAACACAAGAAGAGAAGGAAGAAGACAGUGAUACCGAAACGCCAAAAGAUGAAGAAGAAUACCCGAAUGCGUGGAGAUUGACUUUGAUCACCAUUGCCCUUUGUCUCUGCGUGUUCUGUGUAGCGUUGGAUAACACAAUUAUUGCGACGGCGAUCCCCAAGAUCACAGAUCAAUUCGGCUCAAUCAACGACGUUGGUUGGUACGGCAGUUCUUAUCUCCUAACGACAUGUGCCGUGUCCCUGAUGUUCGGCAAGCUCUACACCUUCUACUCAAUCAAGUGGAUCUACCUCAUUGCACUCUUCAUCUUCGAGAUCGGUUCGCUCAUCUGCGCUGUCACUCCCACCUCGGUCGGGCUCAUCUGCGGUCGUGCCAUUGCCGGACUAGGAGCCGCUGGUCUGUUCUCGGGCUCUAUCCUCAUCAUCAGCAAAAGUGUGCCCUUAGUCCAGCGACCUAUGUAUACGGGCCUCGUUGGAUCCAUGUUUGGAAUUGCUAAUGUUGCCGGUCCACUCAUGGGAGGCGCUUUUACCGAUCACCUCACUUGGCGGUGGUGUUUCUAUAUCAACCUCCCCAUUGGAGCGGUGACUUUCCUCUUCGUGCUGUUCUUCUACCAAAACCCCAAAGCCAUCUUGAAGAAGAACUCCAUAAUGGAACAGAUCAAGGAACUCGACCUGAUCGGUUCCUUUUUCUUCCUACCGGCUAUCAUCAGUCUCCUGCUCGCAUUGCAGUGGGGUGGCACCAAAUACGAGUGGAGCAACGGACGCAUCAUCGGCCUGUUCGUGGUGUUUGGCGUCCUCGGCCUGGUAUUCAUUGGCGUUCAGAUCUGGGCUGGAGACCGUGCAACCGUUCCGCCGCGUUUGAUCAAGAACCGAAGUGUUUGGGGCUCGGCUUGGUAUGCUCUUGCUCUUGGUGGUGCUUUCUUUGUUAUGACAUACUAUCUCCCCAUCUGGUUCCAGUCAAUCAAGGGCGCAACCGCUUUGAAAUCCGGUAUCAUGAACCUACCCACUAUCAUCGCAGUUGUAGUCGUCUCCAUCCUAGCCGGCGGUCUUGUCACUGCUUGUGGGUACUAUACCCCCUUCAUGAUCGCUUCGUCGAUUAUCAUGACCAUCGGCGCGGGUCUUUUGACCACUCUGGAGACAGACUCCAAUCACUCUAAGUGGAUCGGAUACCAGGCUCUGUUCGGUAUUGGUCUGGGUUUGGGUAUGCAGCAGCCAAUGAUCGUUAUUCAGACUGCCCUUAAGGUAGAAGAUAUCCCCAGCGGCACGGCUAUUGUCAUGUUUGCCCAGACUCUGGGCGGUGCCAUCUUUGUCUCGGUUGGACAGAACGUGUUCCAGAACCAGCUCUUCCAGAACUUCGCCAAGUAUGCGCCGGAGGUGGAUGCCGUAAAGCUCAUCUCGGAUGGUGCUACCAAGCUCCGCACUGCUGUUAGUGGUGACUCCCUACAACAUGUUCUGGUUGCCUAUAAUGCUGCAAUCGUACAGACCUUCUAUGUUGCUGUGGCUAUGGGCGCAUUGUCGCUCGUUGGGCCUAUCUUCGUGGAGUGGAUCUCUGUCAAGGGCAAGAAGGUCGAGAUAACCCCUGUUUAA